AAUAAAGUAAAUGAAGGGUUUAUAAAAAAAAUCAGUUAAAAAUAAUCCAACACCCCAAUAUGGGGGGUUGGCAUAUGAGGGUUGAGGGGGGUUGGGAAAUAUUUUUCAACCCCUCAAAACCUUUAAAAAAAAUUUGCCAAACAGGGGUUGAAAUUUUACAACCAUUCCCUUCCCUUCCUUUCCUAUCUCAACCCCUAAUCCAAACAAUACGUUAAUCCAAACAACAAACCAAUUGAUACCUUAACGCACACUACCAAUCAAUCACCAAACCUCUUGGUCAAUGGCAAAUCCUACAAUUCAAUCUCUAGUCAUCAGCACCAGAAGAAAAUUCCAUGAAAAAUACAAUCUACUCACAUUCACACUAUUAACCCUCGCAAUUUUCUCUCUAACUCUCCUCUUCCUCGAUUCCAACUCAACGGCCACCUCCGAUCUCCAUCCCACCGCCGCCACAACCGACGAUCUCGUCGACCUAACUCUACUCCACAGUCCCAAAUAUGCAAACGCCUUGUGUUUGGAUGGGAGUUUGCCCGGUUACCAUUUUCAAAAAGGGUUUGGGUCUGGGUCAGAUAAUUGGCUGCUUCAUAUUGAGGGUGGAGGGUGGUGUGAUUCGAUAGAGUCGUGUUCCUUUCGUAAAAGGACAGCGUUGGGAUCUUCAAAGUAUAUGGGAAUUGGAGUUUCAUUUUCAGGAAUUCUUAGCCGGAAUCGCUCUCAAAAUCCUGAUUUCUUUAGCUGGAACAAGGUGAAGAUCCGAUAUUGUGAUGGCGCUUCAUUUGCUGGUCAUCCCGAAAGUGAGUUCAAGAAUGGCACGAAGCUUCACUUUAGAGGGCAGCUAAUUUGGGAAGCAAUUAUGGAUGAACUUUUAUCGAUGGGAAUGUCUAAUGCCAAACAGGCUCUUCUUUCAGGAUGCUCUGCAGGAGGAUUGGCAACACUAAUUCAUUGCGAUGAUUUUCGAGAGCAUUUGCCCAAAGAUGCUACUGUCAAAUGUCUUGCUGAUGCAGGUUUUUUCCUUGAUGAGAAAGAUAUUCUUGGAAAUUACACAAUGAGAUCUUUCUAUCACAAUGUCAUGGAGCUUCAGGGUGUAGAGAAAAGUUUACACAAGAGCUGCAUUGCAAGAACGGACUCAUUCAAGUGUCUUUUUCCUCAAGAAAUCAUUAAAGACAUAAAGACCCCAGUGUUCCUAGUCAAUCCAGCUUAUGAUUUCUGGCAGAUACAACAUAUCUUAGUACCAGAUGGAUCAGAUGUUCUUGGCUAUUGGCGAAAAUGCAGAUUGAAUAUUCAGUAUUGUAGUCCAAGCCAGAUUGAAAUUUUACAAGGUUUCCGUAGUUCUCUGCUGAAUGCAGUGAAGGAUGUCCAGAAAAACAAGGAAUGGGGGAUGUUCAUAAAUUCAUGCUAUAUUCAUUGCCAAACAUGGAUUGCUGAUACAUGGCAUUCACCCACUUCUCCAAAAAUUAACAAUAAGACCAUUGCAGAGUCGGUAGGUGAUUGGUACUUCAGUCGUAGAGUAGUGAAGCAAAUCGACUGUCCUUACCCGUGCAACCCCACUUGCUAUAACAUGAAAUUUAUUUGAUUUUGGUGAAGCUCCAUACUCUUUAUGCAUCAUUGGCUUGCUGUUUCAUCUACAUCUCAGGUAUAUCUUCCGAAUAUUUUGCGAAUUUUAAAUUACCUCUGCAAGUUGUAAUUCCUGGGAUUUUGCAGAAUAGUCGGUCCAGUUAAUUGUUUAUUAUUAAUGGUGAAGAAAUUUCUUAUUUACCACUUGAUGCUGUUGCGCUCUACCAAAGUGAUAAUCUGCUUUUGCAUCUUGUCCUUGUAUAAUAUUCUUUUCGAGUGGUCCAUUCUGAUAGUUAUUUAUUUCAUCCCCAGAAGCCUCUGAUCUUUUCUGGUUAGAUCAAAAUCAAGCUUUACAUUUAUUUAUUUUGAAACAAACAAUUGUAUUAAAUUCAGAUUGUUAAUGUGUAUUAAUAAAGAUAACAAAAAAUUUAGCUCUA